GGGCCAGGAACCUGUCCAGAGCGGUACGCCUUCCCCCCACAACCCGCCCGCCUGCCUGCUGUCCUGGCCCUGGUCCUGGCCCUGGCCCUGGCCCGGCUCUGCCCGGACAGGCCUGCCCCCCGCCAGGGCAUACCCGGGUGCGUGGGGGGUAAAUGAGGGUGAAGGUGUUCCUGGAGACCGGACACUGCUGACAGGCGCCGUGCACAAGUGUAUAGAGAGCGAGAGCCCAGUCCCCCAACCGGUGAGAUCCCUGCUGGGGAGACGUGGCUGCUGCGCUCGAGCCCGUGGCUGCCGUGGGCCUCCCCUUCAUGGCGGGAGCUGGAGGAGCGGGACCCAGGAGGCGUGCAGGCAGGGGCUGAGGGUGCAGAAGUCCCUCGUGUAGUCCAGAGCGGAGCCAGUCCAGCACCAAGAGCUCUGGGGGCAGGACACGAUGCAGGCCAUGCAGCCCCCUUGCGAGGCCGAGCUCCCCUCCGCGACCCCACAGCUGGCACCGCGGGAUGAGCUCCCCACCCCAGGGCCCUGGCGCCAGCUCUUCCGUGGCCUGCGCUACCGGGAAGCUGAGGGCCCACGGAGGAUUUGCAGCCACCUGCGGGAGCUGUGCCGGCGCUGGCUGGAGCCCCAGUGCCGCAGCAAGGAGCAGAUCCUGGAGCUGGUGGUGCUGGAGCAGUUCCUGGCCAUCCUGCCCCUGGAGAUGCGGAGCUGGGUGUGCAGGUGCCACGUGGAGACCUGCACCCAGGCCGUGGCCCUGGCUGAGGGGUUUCAGCUGGGGCAGGCAGAGGAUGAGAAGCCCCAGGUCACCGUGCGUGUGAAGGUCGAGGAGGGGUCCUCAGACCAGAUGCAGCCCCCGGGGGCCCUGCUGGAGUUUGAUGAUUCCCAGGUGCUGCAGCUGAAGGUUCAUCAUAAGGACAGGCCUCUGGAGGAAGCAGGAGAUCAGGAAAACCCAGAGCCCGAGGUCGAGCUGCCCCAUGUCCCCAAAGAGGAGCCCUCGCCCAACCUGGACCCAGGCACUGGGGCCCUGAGCAGAGCGGAUCAGCAGCCUCCCAAGGAAGGGCCUGUAAACCUGGAUCUGCAGAGACCCUCCACAGGGAGACGGGGACAAAGCGGCUCCCUGACGCCUGGGCUGGGCCAGCUGCAGGAGGGGCAGGGCAGGCCGGCGAAGCAGGGGCAGAGCAUGGAGCUCCGGGAGGUGUUUGAGGACGUGGCAGUGUAUUUCACACGGGAGGAGUGGGAGCUGCUGGAAGAGGAAGACAAGGGGCUUUACCAGGACCAGAUGCUGAGGAACCACCAAGCCCUCGUUUCCCUGGGAUAUCAAGGCCUUGCCCCUGACUUGAUCUGCCGCAUCCAGCGAGGACAGGUGGAGCUCUGGGUCUGUGAUGAUGAGGACCGUGGGGAAAUGCAGAAGUCAGAGGACGUGCUGCCAGGACAUGCCUGGUUGCUGAGCAGAACUGAGGAGCAGGCUCCUGAGGAAGGGCCUGGAAAGCUGGAGCCACCAUGGGCUUCCCUGGGGAGUAUGGGUGAGGUGGAUUCCCUGAGCCCAGAGAAGGACCAGUGGCACAAGGGUCAGGGGAUGCCCCCAAAGCAGGAGAAUAUAGCAGUGAAUGUGGUCCCAUCUCUAGUUGGGCAUUUGAGUGAAGAAGGGAAAGAAGCAAGAAAAAGCCCAAGGUGCAGGGAUGAAUAUGUCAUGCUGAGACACCUGAAGAGGCAGAAAGCAAAGGUGCACUGCAGAGAGACACUGCAUCCAAGGCAAGGCAGUGUGGGGGGCCUCAGAGGGAAGCAGGAACUCACUGCCAAGCCCAUAGGGAGAGCCCACUCCUGCACUGAGUGCAGGAAAAGUUUUAGCUGCCCCUUGCUCCUGGCUCUCCACAAGAUAAGGCACACUGGGGAGAAGCCCCAUGUACGCGCCACAUGUGGGAAGAGCUUCACCUGCCUCUCGACCCUGCCUGCUCACCACCAGAUCCAUUCUGGACAGCUCCCCCACCGCUUCACCAAAAGGGGGAAGAGCAUUGUGCUGCUCAAAACCCAGGAUGUGCACAGGAAGAAGCAUCAGUACUGCUGCGUCACAUGUGGUAAGACCUUCACCCAUUUCUUCUCCCUGGUUCAGCACCGUCGCAUGCAUUUGGGGAGGAAGACACACCACUGCAAAGAAUGCAGGAAGAACUUCAUUAGCUGGCAAGCCCUGUCCCAACACCGGUGUGUGCGGAGGAGGCAGCAGCCACACUGCUGCACAAAGUGUGGGAAGAGCUUCAGGCAGCCCUCCAGCCUGGCCAGGCACAGGUGCAUGCAGACACGGGAGAAGCCUCAUCAUUGCUUUGUGUGUGGGAAGAGCUUCAUCUCCUCCUACAAGCUGGCCCAACACCAGGUUAUCCACACAGGGGAGAAGCCACAUCAGUGCUCUGCGUGUGGGAAGAGCUUCACCCACUCUUCCACUCUGGCCCGGCACCAGCGCAUUCACACGCAAGAGAAGUCAUAUCAGUGCUCUGAGUGUGGGAAAAGGUUCAGUUAUUCCUCCCAACUGGCCCACCACCAGCGCAUCCACACAGGGGAGAAGCCAUAUCAGUGCUCUGAGUGUGGGAAGAGCUUCAUCCUAUCCUCCAACCUGGACCAGCACAAGCGGGUUCACACAGGGGAGAAGCCACAUCAGUGCUCUGAGUGUGGGAAGAGCUUCAGUUAUUCCUCCAACCUUGUCCGGCACCAGCGCAUCCACACAGGGGAGAAGCCAUAUCAGUGCUCUGUGUGUGGGAAGAGUUUCAGUUGUUCCUCCGACCUGGCCAAGCAUAAAAACAUCCACACAGGAGAGAAGCCAUAUCAGUGCUCUGUGUGUGGGAAGAGCUUCAGUCGUUCCUCCUCGCUGGCCAGCCACCAGCACAUUCACACAGGAGAGAAGCCAUAUCAGUGCUCUGAGUGUGGGAAAUGCUUCAGUUCUUCCUCCUACCUGGCCCAGCACCAGCGCAUCCACACAGGGGAGAAGCCAUAUCAGUGCUCUGAGUAUGGGGAGAACUUCAUCCUGUCCUCCAACCUGGCCCAGCACAAGCACAUUCACACAGGGAAGAAGCCAUAUCAGUGCUCUGAGUGUGGGAAGAGCUUCAGUUCUUCCUCCUACCUGGCCCAGCACCAGCGCAUCCACACAGGGGAGAAGCCAUAUCAGUGCUCUGAGUGUGGGAAGAGCUUCAGUUAUUCCUCCAACCUUGUCCGGCACCAGCGCGUCCACACAGGGGAGAAGCCAUAUCAGUGCUCUGUGUGUGGGAAGAGUUUCAGUUGUUCCUCCGACCUGGCCAAGCAUAAGAACAUCCACACAGGAGAGAAGCCAUAUCAGUGCUCUGAGUGUGGGAAGAGUUUCAGUCGUUCCUCCUCGCUGGCCAGCCACCAGCACAUUCACACAGGAGAGAAGACAUAUCAGUGCUCUGACUGUGGGAAAAGUUUCAGUUCUUCCUCCUACCUGGCCCAGCACCAGCGCAUCCACACAGGGGAGAAGCCAUAUCAGUGCUCUGAGUAUGGGGAGAACUUCAUCCUAUCCUCCAACCUGGCCCAGCACAAGCACAUUCACACAGGGGAGAAGCCACAUCAGUGCUCUGAGUGUGGGAAGAGCUUCAGUUCUUCCUUCCACUUGGCCCAGCACCAGCGCAUCCACACAGGGGAGAAGCCAUAUCAGUGCUCUGAGUGUGGGAAGAGCUUCAGUUAUUCCUCCAACCUGGUCCGGCACCAGCGCAUCCACACAGGGGAGAAGCCAUAUCUAUGCUCUGUGUGUGGGAAGAGUUUCAGUUGUUCCUCCAACCUGACCAAACAUAAGCACAUCCACACAGGAAAGAAGCCAUAUCAUUGCUCUGAGUGUGGGAAGAGUUUCAGUUGUUCCUCCUCGCUGGCCAGCCACCAGCACAUUCACACGGGAGAGAAGCCAUAUCAGUGCUCUGACUGUGGGAAAAGCUUCAGUUCUUCCUCCUCCCUGGCCCAGCACCAGCGCAUCCACACAGGGGAGAAGCCAUAUGAGUGCUCUGAGUGUGGGAAGAGCUUCAGUUAUUCCUCCCACUUGGCCGAGCACCAGCGCAUCCACACAGGGGAGAAGCCAUAUCCGUGCUCUGAGUGUGGGAAGAGCUUCACCCAAUCCUCCCACCUGGCCAUGCACCGGCGCAUCCACACAGGGGAGAAGCCAUAUCAGUGCUCUGAGUGUGGGAAAAGCUUCAGUUCUUCCUCCCAACUGGCCCAUCACCAGCGCAUCCACACAGGGGAGAAGCCAUAUCAGUGCUCUGAGUGUGGGAAGAGUUUCAGUUGUUCCUCCUCGCUGGCCAGCCACCAGCACAUUCACACGGGAGAGAAGCCAUAUCCAUGCUCUGAGUGUGGGAAGAGCUUCACCCAAUCCUCCCACCUGGCCAAGCACCAGCGCAUCCACACAGGGGAGAAGCCGUAUCAGUGCUCUAUGUGUGGAAAAAGCUUCAGUUCUUCCUCCCAACUGGCCCAUCACCAGCGCAUCCACACAGGGGAGAAGCCAUAUCAGUGCUCUGAGUGUGGGAAAAGCUUCAGUUAUUCCUCCAACCUGGCCGAGCACCAGCGUAUCCACACAGGGGAGAAGCCAUAUCAGUGCUCUGAGUGUGGGAAAAGCUUCAGAUAUUCCUCCGACCUGGCCAAGCACCAGCGCAUCCACACAGGGGAGCAGCCAUAUCAGUGCUCUCAGUGUGGGAAGAGCUUCAGUUCUUCCUCCCAGCUGGCCAAGCACCAGCGUAUCCACACAGGGGAGAAGCCAUAUCAGUGCUCUGAGUGUCGGAAGAGCUUCAGUUAUUUCUCCUCCCUGGCCCGGCACAAGCGCAUUCACACAGGGGAGAAGCCACAUCAGUGCUCUGAGUGUGGGAAGAGAUUCAGUUAUUCCUCCCUCCUGUUCCAGCACCGGCGCGUCCACACAGGAAAGAAGCCAUAUCAUUGCUCUCAGUGUGGGAAGAGUUUCAGUUCUUCCUCGUCGCUGGCCAGCCACCAGCGCAUCCACACGGGAGAGAAGCCACAUCAGUGCUCUGAGUGUGGGAAGAGAUUCAUCCUAUCCUCCAACCUGGCCCAGCACAAACGCAUUCACACAGGGGAGAAGCCAUAUCAGUGCUCUGAGUGUGGGAAGAGCUUCAGUUUUUCCUCCAACCUGGUCCGGCACCAGCGCGUCCACACAGGGGAGAAGCCAUAUCGGUGCUCUGAGUGUGGGAAGAGCUUCAGUUAUUCCUCCGACCUGGCCAAGCACCAGCUCAUUCACACAGGGGAGAGGACAUAACAGUGCUCUGAGUGUGGCAAGAGCUUCACUCAAUCCUCCCACUUGGCCAAACACCAGCAUGUCCACACAGGGGAGAAGCCACAUCAAUACUCUGACUGUUGGAAGAGUUUCAGCAUCCCCUUCAACCUGGCCCUGCACCGGCGCAUGCAGAAAGAGGAGAAGCCACAUCAUUGCUCUUAGUGUAGGAAGAGGUUCUCCUACUCCUGCAGCCUGUGCUGAACACCAGUACAUCUACACAGGGGAGGAGCUACAUCAGUGCUCUGAGUAUUGGAGAAGCUUCACCCAUCUCAGCACCCACCAGUGGUGCAUUCAAACCAGCUCCCUCAUGCUGGUGGCCUGCAGAAAGAGUUCCCCCAGGCUUUGCCCCUUCUGGAAACUGUGGGAGUCCAGAGCCCAGACACUUUCCCCCAAGGUAUGGUUGUGUGUGGGGGUUAAGAGGAAACACCUCAGGCAGAGGUCAGCCCCAAUGUUGCGGGAGGAGAUGAGGAGGAGAUGAUCUUUGCAUCAGCCUUGGCGCCUGUGAAUUCCCCAUCAUUCUCUAACAGUAUUCCCAGGGGAAGAGGUGCCUUCAUGCUCGGGUGCCUACUCCCAGACUGCUGACUUCAGAUGACACCCGGGGACUUUCCUUGGCUGCUUCCCAGAUUUCUCCUUCCUCCUGGUCCAGGGGAUCUGGUAUAUGAGUCCCUGAGUUGCAGGGAGGAGUGCAUUUAUGGCUGGGGAAGCAUUCCCUACUCUCCUUCAUGACCUCGCCUUUCCUCACCACCACAUCACCCCUCUUCCAGACCUGCCCAUGCCCAGUGGGGUCUGCAAUGAGCUGCUUCUACCACCUCUGGAGCCUUAUUGACCUGUUUUGCUUUUCAGCCUCUGCAGAACUGUGCAGCACGGGGUGUGUGCUGCUGCUGUGCUGUCCUCCCCUUUGUUGUAUUCUCUCUCAUGCAUUCCCUGCUACUAAGGUAACACAACUGGACAUGCCACCCCUAUGGUUGAUCUCUGUGCCCUCUCCCAAGGUGUGCAAUGAGAAUAGACCCAGGCCCACAACACUUUCCAGGGCAAAUCUCUCUGCUUUCCAGCCCCUUCCUAUUUUAAAUGAUUCACCCCAAUGCAGAGGUUGUUGCUAAGCCUUGGGAGCAGGAGGUAGUCCGAUCUACCCACCCUGCUGCUAACUGACUGGCUGCUCCCACCCACUUCUGCCCUCUUCCCACAGCAGGACCCGGAGCUGGGUGAGCCAGAGCCACAGGGUGAGCAACCCUGGGUGAGCGACUGGCAACUGGCUCAUCAGGGGCCCCAAGCCAGCCACGUCUGCCCUGUUCCUGCCCUCACCCACCACUGCCACCCUUCUGCACCAUGGAGGUGACUGGGGCAGUGGGGGGCAGUCUGUGCAUGGUGCCAGCUCCAGGGGGGUGUCUCCCCCCUUGGGAGAGCAGGUUCUCCACACUGCUGCAAGCACCCCUGCCAGCAUGCCCGCAAUAUGCAGUGCUGGAGCAGGUAUUAGGGUCAGUACAGGUGAUGUGUGCUUGGCCUGGGGUGGGGCAUUGGGCACAGGCUGUCCAGCCAAGCAUGGAGGAAUCAGGCUGAGUUUGUCCCCUCUAGGGGUUGGUGGUUUGCAGCAGCAGCCCCUGCAGAGUCAGGGACAGGGCUGGAGGUGAGGGCAUUACUGUCCAUGCCCUGCAGGGCGGGGGGCACCAGAUGUGGUGGGCGGUCUGCAAGGACCUGACGCAGAUGCUGCUGUCUGUCCCAUGUGGGAUCUGUGUUCACCUGGGACAGGUGUGAAAGGAGGUUGGGUAGGUAGGGGUGAUACCCCAUUGUGUGCAGGGGGCAUCAUAAUUGGGGGGGGGGACAACUCCACCUGGGGUAUGUAUGUGGUAGACCUACGGUGGGGGCUGACACUUACCUGGGGCAGGUGUGAUAGGGGCUGUAAUGGGGCAGACGGUGCUAUGCCACCAUUGUGCAGCAGGGGGUGCUGUGGGGGUGCCUGUUCUCUCCUGGGGCAGGUGUGGGGUGGUCUGUCAUGGGGUGGGGGGAUGGGUGGACCCCCAUCUCUUCCUCUCUCUCCUUCUACUUGCACUCCCCACCCCUGUGCCCCCAAAAGCCCAAGCCCAACUGGUGACCCCACUCCCUGCAGCCCCGGAGGAUCUGCAGGGGGCUCGGCUCCAUCCCAGGGAUUCCUCCUCAACACCAAGAUGGAUCUGGCCCCCUGGUCAGGCCAGUACAGACUGGGGAGCUUUGCCUGCCUUUCUAGUGUGAUCCCAGCCUCUGCCUGGGAUCCCUGGCAUGUGGAUUGCCAACCUGUCACAGCAGCAGGAGGAUGAGCACCGUGGCCCCGCUGCUUUUCCUGGCGCAGGACCAGGUGUGAUGUCUGCUCUGUGUCAGGCUUGUGGCAGUUUGGCUAAGAAGUGCGAUGAUGGGUUUGUCUGGGCUGGUUUGGACAGGGCUGAUUCUUACUCAGGCGGUGGCUGGACUGGAGGUGAGCUCUGCAGGCCCCCUCAGCCCCUCUCUUCUAGCAUUUCCAUGAUGAGAACGUCCCCUAGAGCCGUGGAUCCCAACCUUUUUAGACUGUGGACUGUCAAAUGCAGACAGAAAGCAGAACCUUUCAUAGAUUUAACUGCAUAGACAUUAGGCCUGGAAGGGACCUUGUAAGGCCAUUCCCUUCCUCAUGAGCCCUCACAUUUUCCAUUGAUUUCUUCACGGUGGCUGGCCAUGGAGCUGGUGCUCUUAUUGAACUCUCCGCAGUGGCUCCCAGGUCUCUUUCCUGUGUGGUAACAGCUCACGUGGAGCCCAUCGUGUUGUCAGUCCCAUUUAUACAAUUCUCAUUCAAAUGUGUUCCUGGCCCAUUCCACUCAGAUCAUGACCCCGUGGUCAAUAGAGUUAUAUAUUAUUUACUUUUCAUUAUUAUAUACACGUUUUAAAGUGGGGGGAUGGACAUGAUGAGACUCUUCUCAUUCAGCUCCAGCACUUUCAAGUUGUAGGGCCCUAGAAGAAGCCUUCAUCUCCAGAGAAGAGCCAUGCGCAUGAUCAGAGGUCAGGGAAGCAGACCCUGCUAUGACAGGCUGAGAGCCCUGGGGCUCUUUAGCCUGGAAUAGCUCAGGCUCAAGGGUGAUCUGAUGGCCCCCUACAAGUUUAUCAGGGGUGACCACCAGUAUCUGGGGGAACGUUUGUUCACCAGAGCGCCCCAAGGGAUGACGACUAGGUCGAAUAGUCAUAAACUACGACAAGACCGUUUCAGGCUGGACAUAAGGAAGAAUUUCUUUACUGUCCGAGCCCCCAAGGUCUGGAAUAGCCUGCCGCUGGGGGUGGUUCAAGCGCCUACAUUGCACACCUUCAAGAGCAAACUGGAUGCUUAUCUUGCUGGGAUCGUAUGACCCCAGCUGACUUCCUGCCCUUUGGGCCAGGGGCUGGACUCGAUGAUCUUCCGAGGCUCCUUCCAGCCCUAAUGUGUAUGAAAUCUAUGAAAUCUAUGAAAAUGUCUAUGAAAUCUCUCUGAACUUUUCCUUCUCAUGCCUGCACAGUGCAUCCCACGCCACACAGACACCAAGUCACAGCUCUGUCCUUCAUACAUCAGCAAGGAUCCCUACUGUUGGAGCAUGCUGUGCAGGUAUCUGAAGAGAGGUGCAGCGUUUUGUUUUGUGUCAUUACACUUUUAAUACUGUCCCAGCCAGGAAACCUGCUCAUCUUGCUUGGGAACAGAGAUCAAAGCUCCCACAACAUUUGAUUCCCAAGCCAUGCUGAAGUCUGCAGAUCUUAGCAAGAGGAUACCUAGGAAUUUAGAGCUCAUUAGGUCCCUGCCUUCAGCUGUCAUGUGUGUAAGUGAGGAGAUCAUGGCAAAAAAGGCAACCUAAUGGCAGCCUAAUGCCUUUGGUGUUUGCAAACUGUACCAUCAAAAAGGGAGCAAAUCUACUACCUUGGUGUGAGCAAAAGAGAACUGGAUCCCAGGGCCUCUUGCCUAAAAGCACUACAAAAAAACCUAAAUCCAAGUCUUGGACCCUCUAGGCCCCACCACCUUUCUGAGGCACCCACUGGGUGGGCUAUUGUGAGAGUGGACAACUGUUUGGCUAACUCCAUUCUCCUCCUUCACUUCCUCCAUGAACAUAAGGCAGGGAGUCAAGGGAGUCUGCACCUUGCCAUUAAGAAUGUAGGCAGGACCAGCCCUAGCAGCAGACAGGGGCUGAAAUCUUCCAAAAGUGGAGGUUUGACACUACAGGGAAAUCAGGGAGCCUUCAGGUGUCUCUGGUGAACACUGCAAAACCUGGAGUUUCCCUAAUGGUGAUUCUGAACUGCAGGGCCCGUGGGCUCCAUGCAUCAAGGCAAAGGUGGUGUGACGGGCUAGGUGGUAGUGACUUAGCCCAGGGGUUUUGAAAGGAUAAAAGAUGACUGGAGGACUUGGGAUUGCCUUUCCUCACCAAUCAGGCCCCAGAGAUUCACCCUCCAUGUUCCCUGAUUGGCCCCUUGGUUCACCUGGAGGGGGAUAAAAUGGGCAGUGUGGCUGACUCAGGGGAGACCAGCAAGGGAGUACAAGGAAGGAGUCUCAAAGAGCUGGCAAGUGCUGGGCCAGUGGGGUGGGAGCAGUUGCCCCAGAAGCACCUGAAGGAUUGGGACCUCCAGGCGGCAGUUUGAUCCUCAGCAGCGCAGCAAGGGGCCGGCAGGAGAGGCUCCCCACUGGGCUCCAGGAUCCCCUAUGAGAGGCUGUGGCUAGCAGGAGGGGCUGCCUAGCUCCAGCAAGGAUCUGAGCAGUGACCUGAGAGGUUCCCAGCUCUACUUCCAUCUCCUCCAGCAAGAGGCCAGUCAGCUCAACAUGAGGCCUGGACUCCAGGAAGGCCAAAACCCCUUGAAGCUCGGUACAGUGCUAGCUCUGGUGGCUACCUGCUGCAGCUUCUGCCUACUUCUGGGAGAAUUGAGUUCAAGUCCCAGGUUGGGUGAUUUGGUGUGAGUGAAGUAACAGGGAGGAAUUCUUGUUGCAGUGGAAAGGGGUCGUUGUGCUUUCUUCCUCUCCAGGUACGUAGGCCCUAUACUCCUUAUUUGACAUUUUGUAUUUUGUGCCUUUUAUAUUACGCCAAACAGUAUGGUUUGUUCUGCUAUUUGUGUUUUAAUUUUUUAACCCUGUCUUUUGUCAACUGGAUGAAUAUGUCAAUGAUUGUAAGUGUCUAACCUUUGUUGACUCCUGCCCCUUGGCGUGUUGUAGUGCCCCCUAGACUCCUAGGUUUAUAGUGCUUAUGUUCCCAGUAUUGUUCUCUCAUUAAAAAGUAUAUGGUUAAGUCCC